CGACUUCAGAAUUUUCUUUUGACUCGAAAAAUGCAGCGGUCGCGGUCGAGCGCAAGGAAACCAGAGGAAGCUGCUUUGGUAUUUGUGCUAAUGCUAGCGCUUUAUAAUGCUGUUUCACAUGCAGAUGAAGUAGUAGUGAAGACAAUCAAUGGAAAACAGCUACCGUGGACAACUUACGUACCUGUGUCUUAUAGUUGUCAAGAACGAGACACUUUGUUUUUUAAUAGAGUCGUACUAGUCUUUUUAAACAGCAAAGACGAAAAAUACGGGUGUUUGCCUCUGUCAAUGGGAGUUAUUUUAGAUAAAAAUAGAAUACUAACUUCAUAUAAUCCCUUCAAAAAAUUUACGAGGGAUAGUUCAAUCGUCAAUGAAAUACAUAUUUAUGUACUCAUUACACUUGAGUUGAAACCAGGUUGUUUUCACACUCAUCAGAUACAUGAGCUUUGGUCGGGUCGUCAAGUAACAUACACCCCAGACGAAGACAUUCCAGCCUACAGUUGGCAUGGUCUACGACCUAAUAGGCAUUCUCCUCUCCACGACCUGAUGAUACUGCGAGUUAAGACUGAUUUUGAUAAGUCAUUUCCAUUUUCCAAACUGAAGGAAAGUCAGGUGACUUUUGGAACUAAAAAUCAAAUAUUUAUUAUGCUUAUCGCUAAACCUGGAGAUAAGCUGACAUAUCCCGUGCGCUUUGCUCAAAUAAAUGUAGACGGAGGAAGGAAGCUUCAAUAUUAUAAUGAUGAUAGUAGUGAUGAUGUCAUUGUAAAUUGUGAUAGCUACAUUUCUAAAUUGCUAGGCCAUUUCAUUUGUAUUAGGAAUAUUUAUCAAAAACGAGGACUCACAUCGGGUGCAGUUUUAGUAUCAAAUGAAACAGUUUUCGGAAUCGGUAGCUUCGCUUAUAAACGUGAGAAUGUUGGCAUUUUAGUGUUCACUGACGUACGGCCUUACCACGACCUUAUCAUGAACACUAUGACCGACGCUGACACAGAAUAGCGCAUACAUUUCGCUA